AAUAACAUCGUGGAAGAGACAUAAAGAAGAAGGACAAGUGACGGAAACAAAGACAAGAAGUUUCAUCAUUCAUGUUUAAAAAAAAGAAGAAGAAAAAAAUGACAGUGUGUGUUUGAAGAAGAUAAAUGAAGACUCUCGAGCACAGUUGCAGGCCUUCCCUUUCUCCCUGAUGGACGGCUCUGGAGGUCCUCCCCUCUGCUUCCCCAACCUCAACUCCUCCUGCAGGCGGCUGCUGCGACCCACCUCCCAGGCCGCUCUUCUCUACACUCUGCUGGCUUCAGUCUCACUGCUCACUGUGGUGCUCAACCUGCUCGUGGUCGUCUCCAUCUCCCACUUCAAGCAGCUCCACACCCCGACCAACGCCCUGCUCCUGUCCCUGGCCGUGUCCGACCUGCUGGUGGGGUUGCUGGUGAUGCCCAUCGAGGGCCUGCGCUACAUCGAGACGUGCUGGCUGCUGGGGAGGCUGAUGUGUGCUCUCAGUCCUUAUUUGUCUUACUGCCUUAUCUCUGUCUCUCUGGGCAGCAUGGUGCUCAUAUCUGUAGAUCGCUAUAUAGCCAUCUGUGACCCUCUGCUCUAUUCCUCAAAGAUCACAGUGAACAGAGUGAAGCUUUCAGUCUGUGUCUGCUGGGCCUGCUCUCUUCUCUACAAUGGCUGCAUUCUCAUGGAGCACUUAGCGUGGCCGGACAGGUUCAGCUCCUGUCACGGGGAGUGUGUGGUGUUCAUCAGCCGAACUUCAGGAACAAUAGAUCUCUUUUUGUCAUUUGUCGGCCCCUGUGGCGUAAUGUUUGUUCUGUACAUGAGGGUGUUUGUGGUUGCUGUUUCUCAGGUGCGUGCCAUUCAGUCACAGGUGGCUGUGAGAGCAGCUCCAGCUGCUAAAAAAUCAGAGUUGAAGGCAGCCAGGACACUCGGGAUUUUGAUAGCUGUGUUUCUAAUGUGCUUCUGCCCUUAUUAUUAUCCUUCCUAUGCAGGUGACGACACCUCUACGAGCUUGCCUUAUUACGCCGUGCUGUUUUGGAUCGCACUGACAAACUCUUGUGUCAACCCUGUGAUUUAUGUACUGUUCUACCCCUGGUUUAGGAGAGCUAUGAGAUUCGUCAUCACCCUCAGAAUACUGCAGCCUCACUCCAGAGAGGUCAAGAUCCUGUAG